AUGCUGCUGGCCACUGUUUUACUGCCAAUUAUUUUAUUCCCUACUGCUCAAUCAAUACCGGUCGAUAACGGCGUUGAAGGAGAGCCGGAAAUCGAAUGCGGUUCGACUACGAUAACUGUGAAUUUCAACACCAGGAAUUCAUUUGAAGGACAUGUUUACGUGAAGGUUUGUUUACAUGAAGAGAUCAUGGCUGGUAUUGUUGUGCCCUUUGACGGUUGUGGUUCUCAGCGAACUCGAUCACUCAAUCCGAAGGGGAUUUUUGUGCUGACAACAGUAGUGAUCUCAUUCCACCCACGAUUCCUCACUAAAGUCGAUCGCGCAUAUCGAGUCUCUUGCUUCUAUAUGGAAGCCACUAAAGAUGUCCGUUCGAAUAUUGAUGUUGCAGAACUCACAACAGCCAGCGUUACUGGAUUGGUACCGAUGCCUGUAUGUCGAUAUGAUAUACUGGAAGGAGGUGUACGCGGAAGCCCCCUGCAGUUUGGCAAAAUCGGACAACAAGUCUACCACCAAUGGACCUGCACCAGCCAAACUGAGUUCAUUUGUCUGAGAUUUAUCGAUUUUAUAGUCAACACUUUCUGCAUGCUUGUCCAUAGCUGUACUGUAGAUGACGGCAAAGGAGAUCGAGUAAACAUUUUGGAUGUAAAUGGAUGUGCUAUCGAUCGAUACGUGCUCAAUAAUAUUGAAUAUCCAGAAGAUCUAGUAGCAGGACAGGAGGCCCACGUCUACAAAUACGCUGACAGGGACUCCCUCUUUUAUCAAUGCCAGAUUUCUAUUCAAGUCAAAGAAGCAGCCGUAAGUUCCGCUUUGGGGUACUAUGACUGUAUCCCUCAGGGAGAAGGAUAUUCAGGAAUGCCAAAGACCUGCCUGUCCCGAUUUAUUGAGCUCGCCAUCAAAGAGAGUGUUCAGCAACUAUCGACAAGUUUUUUCACGGAUAGGCCAUUCACCUUGGACGUUCGAGCUGAAAUGAAGGCGUUGGAUAUCGACGAAAUGAAUUACCCAACUCCCACCGCCUCAGUGAAGCGAGUCUGUCUGACCUAUCAGGUGUUGGUAGUUUCUGCUGGUUUUACUCUCAUCAUCAUUUGCUCUCUUCUUCUGAUGGCUUUGACAGCUGCGAUACCUCGUACGCCGAAGCAAAUGAAAAAAUGA